GCCAUAAUUCAAGAUGGCGCCUCUGGAGUUGUUUCUGUCGUGCCCGACGAGCUAAUAACGCAGCUGGUGGCUGAGCAUUGAGUUAGCUAACGCUUGUGAAUUUGUUUUGCGUUUAUGUAUUAAAGACUUUUUGCGCGUUAAGCCAUCUUUUUAAAUCAGUGAUUACAUUUUCACAUUCCCCAGGAGAAGAGUCACAGUCAAAAAGCAGUGUGUAGUCUGCUUGCCACAUAGCUAGGCUAGCUUACGUCAAAUAAUAGAAGUAAGUUAGUUGUUGACGACUUCUCUGAAACAGUUUGUAAUGUUUUGGGACGUUUUAUCAUUUUGGAGAUCGAUAUGUCGCUCAGAGAGUUGAAAGUAUGCCUGCUUGGGGACACGGGGGUGGGAAAGUCAAGUAUUGUGUGGAGAUUUGUGGAGGACAGCUUUGAUCCCAACAUUAAUCCUACAAUUGGAGCUUCAUUUAUGACGAAGACAGUACAGUACCAAAAUGAGCUCCAUAAAUUUCUUAUCUGGGACACAGCAGGACAAGAAAGGUUUCGUGCCCUUGCCCCUAUGUACUACAGAGGCUCAGCAGCAGCCAUCAUUGUGUAUGACAUCACUAAAGAGGAAUCCUUUCAGACUUUGAAAAACUGGGUAAAGGAGCUUCGCCAGCAUGGACCUCCCAACAUAGUAGUGGCCAUCGCUGGAAACAAAUGUGAUCUCUCUGAUGCCAGAGAAGUAUCCGAGAAGGAUGCCAAGGACUAUGCUGAUUCCAUCCAUGCUGUUUUUGUUGAAACUAGUGCCAAGAAUGCUAUUAACAUCAAUGAAAUCUUCACUGAGAUAAGUCUAAGGAUUCCAGUUUUAGACACGGGUGGCAGUUCAGGAGUCCGAGGCUUCAAGCUCCGUCGUGAGCCAUCCGACACAACCAGAGAACGCGCUUGCUGCUGAUGCAGUCUUACACAAUUAGGCCAAAUCUUCUUUCUAACGUUCUCCUACCUCUCACUUUCUGAUCACUAAGGAGAGUAGAAUAGAGGACAGUGAUGUUACAGACGAAGUUCAAAAAGCCUAUCAAUCUCAACCUGAAUCUGACCCCUUUAUGAAUCCAAUUCUGUUCACGAUAUCUCUCCACCCACCCAUGUGUGUGUCUCUCUGUAUGUGUCUUCUACAGUGUGAAGGCUUAGAGGGUUGCUAUACUGUAAAUCACUAACCCUUUUCAGCUUCACUAAAGGCUUUAGUCUUUACCACUACAUGUUGCUGCCUGUCCAGACUGAUACAGUUCCAGCAGUCCUUCCAAGCACUUGACUCUCUCUAGACUUAAUGUCCAUUUUUUAUCUUAAUAUUUACAAGAAAAAGGAGGCGAAAGAGAUUGAUUUAUCUCUCUCGUACCUGUUUAGCCAAAGCCCUUCACUAUACGCCUUUAUGUGCCUCUAUGAGGCCCUUACGGUGUUAUUUCUAACCCUUUAUAUUGUGUUCAAAAAAGUUAAAUGUCAGAAUUAUUACAAAAGCACUAAUUCCUGAAGAGUAGCAACUUAGAGAAGUAUAGAGUGAAGGAAACCUUAUGCAUGCUCAGCACUUCUCUUUAGUGGUACUUUUGAGAGUAUAGCCCAAGUUCUCCCUGACAAAUAUGUACCAAAAUUUUCCCCAGUCAGUAGGGACAUUUUUGGCCUGAUGAAACUGUCACAGAAACGUGUUUCAUGUUUUGCAUAGUGGAUACAGUGUGUGUGUAUAUAUAUAUAGGGCAGAAUUAUAGUUACAGUUUCUUCCCCAAAUUAAUCAGUUUCUAGCAGUAGGCCUGUCCUGUUAAUUGAAGUCAUAUUCUUCAAGUAAAUGAACUAAUCACAGGAAUUAAGCAGGAUUUAAGUAAAACUGUUCGACAACUAUCUUUCUAGUGUUCUUGCUAAAUACCUCCUAUCCUGUUUUCCGCUGUCAAAAACAGCAGAAAAAGCCCUCUACAUACUUAGUUCGAAUUCUUUUUGAAGCCUUUGAAAACGCUAUGAUUUUUUUUUUUAAACAGUUCAAAUGAGGAAUGUGUGGGGAUAUACUCCAUGUUCUCCCACAAAGUAACUUGUAAGCUUGGUCCUCACAUUACUUGAACUUGGUGUUUUCUCGGUAUUCUAUGUCCAUGAAUUAAGGACUUUUUGGACGCUGUGGCCACAAAUGUUUCGAAAUCCCUGUUUUUUGUCUAUGAUUGUGCUCUUUGACAAACCAGAUCUUUUUUUUUCCUGUUAUAGUAAUCAAGUUCAUCAGCCUGUGAUUUGUUAUUCAGGCUUCUCUUUGUUUUGUCUACAGCCCAUCAAAACACCCAUACAAAAUGCACAUUGUUGGAGUAUGCGUUGUGCCUGUAUCCAAACAGCCCCUUCCGAAGUGCACAAACAUGUUGGAAAAAAUUGUGGUCCAUCUCUUCAAACUGUUCAGAAAAAAAAGUACAAAUAUAGUUUUAGCCUGUUAGACCUCUACAGUGGAAGCUCAUUAUAUGGGUACUGCAUGGAUUUAAGUCACCUCCCAACCUCUGUAAUUCCUGAGACCCACUCAUAUGGCAUAAAGGAUGUUUGAUGAGAUGUACUGACCUUUGUGUAUGUUUGUGAGCAGGCCAGACAUUAGUGGCGUGUCAGUUCAAGAAUGUCUGAAUUUGCAAUGGUACUCUCAGUAAUUUGGGAAAGGAAGUUCGUUAUAGACAUGGCUAAUUUGCGUAUGACUACAGUUAUCACAGUUACCUAGUGUUGCUUUGUAAUUUUGGUCCCAUCUAAAUAUGGCUUUUUUAUUCUAUUCUAUAAUUAUGCUCAAUCUUGAGAAACCAGACCACAAUUGGGAAAACUGUUCAGAAUUUGUAAUUUACAGUGUUGGCCCAGUUCAGACCUCACGCCAUGUUAUAUACGAGUUAAUUGCUAGGAUUUUUCCAUUCUGCUUCACAUUAAGUCCCCCCACCCCCCACCAAAAGCCACCCCAUCCCUAUUUUGCUUGGGCAUUCUGCGUUUAUUAUUGACAUAUUAAGAACAUGUACUAUUAUUGUGGUUAAGAGUUUGACGUCACUUAAAUAGAAAUAUAGAACCCAUUCCCUUAGUUUAAUAGGUCAUCUUCAGCUGAAAGAAAUUCUACAUGUCAAAAUAUAGAUGGUUAAUGUAACAAACUAUGAUCCACUAAUUAGUCUUUCUGUAGCUGUGAUAAACAUUACGUGCCUUCAGUUGUGUCUUGUUUUUGUUCUCCUUCCCCCAUUAUUGAUAUGAAAGUUUAGCUUAUUUGUGGCUUCUUAAAACCACAUCUAUGUUGUGCAUAUAGAUAGAGCUCUUGGGUAUGCAUAUGGAAUGGGAGAAUAGAUAUUGGGCAUGGUUACAGAACAGAUUUACCUGGCGUUUGGCCCACUGCAGUAAUAAAAAAAAAAAAGAUUAGGGACAUUUAAAUGACCCAAUAUAUAGUGCAUCACAGGCUGUGUCAUGGAACAAUUGGCAAAUGUAGACAUUGAUUAUUCUUGUUAGACGUCCAGCCUUUGAAAUGAUGUACUUGUGUUUUGUUACUUAUAGAUUUUUAGCUCCAAAUUUAGCUCCAUUUAUUGGGCAUAAUGCUUUGCUCAGUAAAAAGGGAAUCUUGUGGUACUUUUUGUGGUAAGUAUGUGAUUAUUAUGCAUCCAUUGGCUUGAUUCAAAUAAAGAUACAGUAAGGUUUUAAAAUGUAUAGAAUUAGAAUUGUAAAGGAAGAACUUUCUGCAAAAAUACGUGGGCCAUUUCCAUUCAGACUAGUGUCAUGAGUUGUAAAUGUCCGGAUAUAAAACCAUAUGUGUCUUGCACUCUAUCACCUUUUUAUAUUCUGCAUAUUAUUUUUUCUUAUUUGUGCCAUGUAAAAAAGCUGUUUUAUUAUGAAACGUAGGUCAAAAAAGUGUUCAUUUUAUUGUAUAUGUAGGGAGCAUUGUAAUGCAUACAAGUUGUCAGUGUAUCAGCCUUGCUAUAUAUAUUACAAAGUUGGUACUCCCCAGCCAGACCACACAACUUGACAUUCAGCUUAAAUUCUGGAGGUUUGAAUGGCUUUGAAUAGAAUAGCAUGCCACAUUUGUGUUGUGAAGUUUGAUUCUUCACUUGGUCAGCAGUGUAGGAUGAAUUCAUUUCAUGUUCUGGAAAAUAGCAACAAUCUUGGGCUGGUCCUAAGAAUGUGGUGUGAAAUUGUAUUUUUUUUGUGCUUGUUACUAUGGGACAUGGCCUAAUUAUAUGACCUAAUUUAGUGAUUUAAAUGGUAUUGUAGUUUACAUAUGUUUACCAUGUAUUGCAAUAUUUACAAAGCACACUAAUUUAACCCAUCCAAAUAAUCAAUUAUUGUAUUGUUUAAUUUUUUGUACCAUUAUUUUCUUUCUUUUUUUUGUUUCUUGUGCUUGCAAACAAAAUGGCUUAAAAUCACAAAAGGGAUAUGUUGAGCUGUUAUUAGUAAUAAAAUGGCACAAAACCACUA